AUGAACGGAACCCAGGAGGUCUCGCAUGCAUCCGCCGCUCAUGGCUCCAACGGCAUCUCUAACCAGGCUGGCCCCAGUAAUAUCUAUGCUUCUCCGGCGCCAUCCUCGCCUGUAGCUCCUGAUGCCUCCAGGGCUCAGCCAGUCUACACCGCCCCUGAGCUCACUGCAGACCAAGUCAACCAGAGGCACGCAGAAAUUUCGGCCCACAUUUACCAUACCGGCUUUCAGCUUGGCCAGUACGCUGAUGUUUCGCUCCACGUUCAUAAUCGGCAGUAUCGUCUGCACGCAUUGAUCCUCUCCCGGUCUCCUUAUUUGGCCCAUAUGCUUGCGACGUCGCAGAACAACGUCAUCUACGUUCCGUUGGAGGGCGAACCUCACAUCACCGAAGAGGCAAGUCGACAAGAUUCAAGGUGCUUGGGCGCCAUCGCGGUGGCGUUGGGUUAUCUCUACUCACCAUACCAAGUUGGGCUCGUUAACCCUAGCAAUGCGCGUUCCGUUGUCGCAGCAGCGUGCUUGCUUGGCGGGAUGCCCGAAUUGGCUGAUCUCGCGUUUGAAUGCUGCAGGGCGUCAAUCUCGGCCAGCACGAUCGUCGACUGGGUCAAGUUUGUCGAGUCGAUCCCUCUUCCGCCUACCCCUGCUCCCACCUCGGACGCGACCCCAACCAAUUAUCCCCAAGGCCAGACCUCGGUGUUUGGGCCGUACCUGACCCAAUUCCGCGACUUGGUGUACGGGUACUUGAUCGUUACUUUGCCCAACGUGUUGCAUGCUUUUGCGGCUCCCGAAGAGGGAAAUGGUUGGGACGAACUUUUGGGCAUUUACACACAGCUUCCGUUUGACACGCUCAAACAAGCCAUCGAGUCACCUGCGUUCCCGGCGGGCACCGAUCAAGUGCGAUUCCGCUUUGCAAAGGCUGUGGUCGCCCAACGCAAGCAAGCUAACCCGUCGGGUGUAGAGGAGACAGUCGUUUUGGCCUUUGGAGGCUCACAGAGUGGCAGUGCAGUUCACAUUACUCGCAAAUCGAAAAAAAAGCAGCUGUGGAAGGUCGGUGGGCGCUAG